CACUGGGCCGGAAGAACAGCCAACACCUUGCCUUCUUCCGGGUUGGGGCCUUCUCUGUCCCUUGUCUGCCCGCCUCCCCCUAUUCCCAGGAGCUUUGAAGACAAGCCUUAGCCCUGCUCCUCCCGCAUCACUACCUGCGAUGGGUUUUCUGCGUGGAAAUCCGAAGUCCCUUGAAUCAACAAGUACAUUCUCUUCUUGGCUAGAAUGUGCUCCCGACCCAUGCAGGAGGCCUGAACGAAGUAAAAGACGUGGCAUAUUUUGCUGGUGAAGGUAGAAGGGAGCCUGGGAGCACCAGCAGGCAUCAUGUGGAUCCAGGUUCGCACCAUGGACGGGAAGGUGGCCCACACUGUGAACUCCCUGUCCAGGCUGACCAAGGUGGAAAAUCUGAGGAGGAGGAUCCAGGAGGUGUUCCACGUGGAGCCAGGCCUGCAGAGGCUUUUCUACAGGGGCAAGCAGAUGGAGGACGGCCACACUCUGUUUGACUACGACGUGCGCCUGAAUGACACCAUCCAGCUCCUGGUCCGGCAGAGCCCCAUGUUGUCCCCAGGUGGCGGCGGCAGCAGUGGUGACAGCAGCAAUAGUGGUGGUGGCGGUGGCGGCGGCAGCAGCAGCAGCAGCAGCAGCAGCAGCAGCAGCAGCAGCAGCAAGGAGAGAGACUCAGAGCUUUCUGACACGGACUCGGGCUGCUGCCUGGGCCAGAGCGAGUCGGACAAGUCCUCCAACAGCGGUGAGGCCGCCAAUGAGCCCGAAGUGAAGGCAGAUGAAGAUACAUGGGACGAGACGGAGUUGGGCCUCUACAAGGCCGGCGAGUAUGUGGAUGCACGGGACACAAACAUGGGUGCAUGGUUCGAGGCCCAGGUCAUCAGGGUGACAAAGAAGACAGUUGCCCAGGACAGGCCCUGCAGCUCCAGCUCCAGCUCCAGCUCGACGCUGGAGGACGAUGUCAUCUAUCACGUGAAAUACGAAGACUAUCCCGAGAAUGGAGUGGUCCAGUUGAGCUCGAGGGACGUCCGGGCUCGGGCCCGACAGAUCCUUAAGUGGCAUGAGCUGGAGGUGGGCCAGGUGGUCAUGCUCAACUACAAUACCGACAGCCCCAAGGACCGCGGCUUCUGGUACGACGCGGAGAUCUUGCGCAAGCGGGAGACCCGGACGGCGCGGGAGCUGCACGCCAACGUCAGGAUCGGGGAUGAUUCUCUUAACGACUGUCGCAUCAUCUUUGUCGACGAGGUUUUCAAGAUCGAGCGCCCGGGGGAGGGGAGCCCCUUGGUGGAAACCCCCGUGAGAAGGAAGAGCGGGCCCACCUGUAAGCACUGCAAGGACAACCCGCGGAAGCUGUGCCGCAUGUGCGCCUGCCGUCUGUGCGGGGGCAAGCAGGACCCCGACAAGCAGCUGAUGUGUGACGAGUGCGACAUGGCCUUCCAUAUGUAUUGCCUGUGCCCGCCCCUCAGCAGCGUCCCCAGCGAGGCAGAGUGGUACUGCCCCGAGUGCCGGAUCGAUUCCAGCGAGGUGGUGCAGGCGGGGGAGAAGCUGAAGGAGAGUAAGAAGAAGGCGAAGAUGGCGUCAGCCACGUCAUCCUCACAGCGGGACUGGGGCAAGGGCAUGGCAUGCGUGGGCCGCACCAAGGAAUGUACCAUUGUGCCAUCCAACCACUACGGCCCCAUCCCGGGCAUCCCCGUGGGCACCAUGUGGAGGUUCAGAGUCCAGGUCAGCGAGUCAGGAGUCCAUCGACCUCACGUGGCGGGCAUUCACGGCCGGAGCAACGAUGGGGCAUACUCCCUGGUGCUGGCCGGGGGCUAUGAGGACGACGUGGACCACGGGAACUCGUUCACGUACACCGGCAGCGGUGGACGAGACCUUUCGGGGAACAAGCGGACUGCGGAACAGUCUUGUGAUCAGAAACUCACCAACACCAACAGGGCGCUGGCUCUGAACUGCUUUGCCCCCAUCAAUGACCGCAAAGGGGCCGAGGCCAAGGACUGGCGGUCAGGAAAGCCAGUCCGAGUGGUGCGGAACGUCAAGGGCCGCAAGCACAGCAAGUACGCCCCUGUCGAGGGCAACCGAUAUGAUGGCAUCUACAAGGUGGUGAGGUACUGGCCCGAGAAGGGCAAGUCUGGCUUCCUGGUGUGGCGCUUCCUCCUGCGUAGGGACGAUGUCGAGCCGGGGCCUUGGACCAAGGAGGGGAAGGACCGGAUCAAGAAGUUGGGGCUGACCAUGCAGUACCCGGAAGGCUACCUGGAGGCCCUGGCCAAGAAGGAGAAGGAGAAGGAGAACAAGAAUAGCAAGAGGGCAGCUGUGGAGGAGGAGGAGGAGGAAGGCCGGGAGGACUUCGAGACCCCCCGGAAGGGCAAGCGGAAGAGCCAGGCGGCUGGAGGCGGCAAGGUCAGCGAUGGGCCCUCACGAGGGGCGCCCAAGAAGACCAAGGUGGAGCCCUACAGCCUCACUGCGCAGCAGAGCAGCCUCAUCAAGGAGGACAAGAGCAACACAAAGCUGUGGACGGAGAUUCUGAAGUCGCUCAAGGACGGGCCGAAAUUCCUGAGCAAGGUGGAGGAGACGUUCCAGUGUAUUUGCUGCCAGGAGUUGGUGUUUCGCCCGAUCACGACUGUGUGCCAGCAUAACGUGUGCAAGGACUGCCUGGACAGGUCCUUCAAGGCCCAGGUGUUCAGCUGCCCCGCCUGCCGCUACAACCUGGGCCGGCACUCCACCAUGCAGGUGAACCAGCCGCUGCAGGCCGUCCUCAGCCAGCUCUUCCCCGGCUACGGCAACGGACGGUGAUGCUCAAGCACUUCUCGCCGGUGUUUUUUAAAAAACGUAUCUGCAGGGCCUCUGGCCCCCAUCUUGUUUUUAGUGAGCUUAACUUAAACAUGUAGUUUGUCCUCCACUCCCUUAAAAGCCUCGUCUUCCCAGUUUUGUUUUUUUAAUCCAUAAGUUUUCAGCAAUUUGUAUUAUGGCUCAGAGGAAGGAAAAAAGGUUGGACUUCUCAGUUUUUGUUGUUGUUGUUUGUUGUUUUUUUUUUGUUUGGUUUUUUUUUGUUGUUGUUGUUUUUAAAUACAAAGCCUGCAAUUUAUCAGCCAAACAAAUUUUUUUUUUCUUCUGAGGAUGGGAUCAGAAACGACUUGGCGGGAAGGCGGCUUAAGUUCCCAGCAUCAAGUUCUCAGCCGUUCUCGCUGCCAGCUCGCAAGAAGGCGCCGGGCUGCCCAGAACAAUCUUUUCAAGGUUGGUGGGUUUGGCCCCCAGAAGUGAAAUUUUGUGGCGCCUGACGGUGGUCCUGGGUGUGGUGCAGCCCCAUGUCACCGCCAGGAAACUGUGCAAAGGAAAAUCGGAACUGUCCAGUGGGGUCCAGGUUAAACCCUGGCCUCCAAGCCACCCCCGACCGGUCCCCUGCACACAGAGGUCCCCGGCCGCCGGAGCAGAGAGUUGGGCCACACCGAAGCUACCUCUGCCAGACUCUCCCCUCUGCGGGAGCCAAGUCCGGCCAAGUGCUGACCCACCUGGACGCCAUGGAAGCCAAUGCCCGGGGCCACGUUCAAGUGCCUUUGGUUCCUCCUCCCUUUUUCAGCGUGGGGCCCUUCCUUAGCACUGAAUCGUUGACACUGCCAACCAGAUUCUUUAAAACCAUGGUCCGCCAGCGCUUCCCUGGGAACCCUGGAUGAGUGAGUGGGGACAAUUUUUAUCUGACCUUGAAAUUGAAUUUUCAACUCGCCAAUUGAGAACGACAAGAGGGAAACUUUUUUUUUUUUUAAUAAACAUUUUUUUUUCAAUGAAAUUUUUUUGUAGUUACUGUAUAUGUACCAAGAAAGCUAAUAACUUAGGGUUUGGUUGGGUUUGGGGGGGUGGGCAGGGGGGGAGUUUUGUAUUUUUUGGAAUGAUUUGUUAAUGUUUCUAACUUUACCAAAGUUUGCAGCUUAUACCUCAACGGAACAGGGAUAUUUUAAAUCACAACUGCAGACAAACUGGAGCAAUAUUAUUUUUUAAAGUUUCUCUUUUUUCCUCAUUAUUAGGUUGUUAAUGUAUUAGAAACAACGAAAUCCUGUGUAGGCUUUUUCUAAGAAGUUCCAUAUUCUCUGUCCAGGUUUUAGAGUCUCAGAAUAAAUACCUUUUACAGAUGUA